AUGGCGGCGGGCCGGGAGAAGAGGGAAUUGCUGGAUGAAAUGAUGCUGGAAGAGCUGAUGGAGAGGAGCUUCUUUGAUGACCCGCCUCCGGUGGAGAGGUUUCCAAAGAGAAUCACUGGUUUCUCGGAUACUGUGCUCAGCAAGGGUUUGAACAACAGAUACUGUGUUUUACGAGUUCAGGAAAAUGACGAUGUUGAGAAACGUCUGACAAUCACAGCUUCUUCUUUGCUUGAGGAUACAGAGCUGUGCAUCCUAAGGAAUGACUGGAUUUCUGUUCCAGUUCAGCCUGGAGAUAUCAUUCAUCUAGAAGGAGAAUGCAGUUCUGGUAUCUGGAUAGUAGAUGCAGAUUCAGGAUACUUAAUUCUGUAUCCAGAUCUACUACUUUCUGGCACCAGUGUAUCAAAUAGCAUUCGAUGUAUGAGGAAAGCUAUAUUGAGUGAAAAGUUCAGGAGGUGUGAGUCUGGUUCACGUCCAAUGCUGAUAGGUACGAUUCUACAUGAAAUCUUUCAGAAAGCAGGAACAAAUUUUACGCAAGAGAAACUUCGAGAAAUUGCCUCCUCAGCUGUUCAUGGACCAAAGUAUCUAAAAGAGCUGUACCAGUUAAAUCUGAAACAAAAUGAUAUAAUGCAAGAGAUAGAGGAAUACCUUCCAUCUUUUAUUAAAUGGGCAGAAAAUUUCAUGUCCAAACACAACCAGUCUAGCCAACCUAAUAUGCAGCUAAAAUUGCCUAGAGAUAAAGAUGACUCCUCUUGCACUGUCAGAGUUACAGAAAUCCUGGACGUUGAGGAGAACAUCUGGUGUCCCAGGUUUGGCUUAAAGGGCAAGAUUGACGCUACAGUUGGUGUAAGAAUUCACCACAGAGCUAAAACUCAUUUCAAGAUAAUGCCGCUGGAGCUUAAGAGUGGCAAGGAAUCUAACUCUAUAGAGCAUCGAAGUCAGGUAGUUUUGUACUCAUUGUUGUGCCAAGGAAAACGAGUUGAUCCUGAAGCUGGAUUUCUCCUUUACCUUAAAACUGGUAAAAUGUUUCCUGUGCCUGGAAAUCGUCUUGAUAGGAGAGAACUAAUUAAACUAAGAAAUCAGUUGGCCUUCUAUUUGCUUCAUAGUAUAUGUGAAUCUGACAUGGGGAAGGAGCAGACGGAGCUUGCAUCUUUGCCUCCAUUGAUUGAUGAUAGUCAGGCAUGUAGCUAUUGCUCUCAGAAGCAGAACUGUGUGCUCUAUAGCAGGGCUGUAGAGCACAAAAAAAAUACUUUAAUUUCUCCGGAUAUGGUUGCUGCUACUGAAAAAGAGAUCCGGCAUCUGAAGCCCUCUCACUUGGAGUAUUUCCGUCUCUGGUAUCUGAUGCUAACCUUGGAGUCACAAUACAAAGAUGGAAAAAAGGGGCGUAGAAACAUAUGGAUGAUGCCUGCUGCAGAAAGAGAGAAACAUGGAGAUUGUAUUGGAAACAUGACUAGGAUGGAAUGCGUACAAGAGGUGACUGAUGGACACUAUCUACACUGGUUCCAGCGUAAAAAUAAUUCUAUGCCUGUAACAAACCUGAUGGUGGGCGACAGAGUUGUUGUGAGUGGUGAAGACAGCACUUUGCUUGGUUUGUCUGCUGGCUACGUUCAAGAAGUCAGCAGUACUAAAAUCUCCUGCUUAUUGGAUAGAAACUUGUCACGUUUCCCCAAGGACACUAUAUUUAGCUUAGACCACGAAGAAGGAGCUUUCGGCAUAGAUGGACCCUUAGGAAACCUUUCUAAACUGAUGGAAAAUUCUCCUGCCAGUGAAAAGCUUCGUAAUUUAAUAAUAGACUUUCACAAACCACAGUUCAUCCAACACUUGAGCUCUGUCCUUCCUCCAGGAGCAAAAGAGACUGUUGCAAACAUUCUAAAAGGCUUGAAUAAACCUCAGAAACAAGCAAUGAAACAAGUUCUCCUUUCAAAGGAUUACACGCUCAUUGUUGGUAUGCCUGGAACAGGAAAGACCACUACGAUAUGUGCUCUGGUCCGGAUACUUUAUGCUUGUGGAUUCAGUGUUCUCUUAACUAGCUUUACUCAUACUGCAGUUGACAACAUCCUUCUGAAAUUAGCAAGGUUCAAAGUAGGCUUUUUGCGGCUGGGUAGAGCUCAGAAGGUUCAUCCAGACAUAAAGAAGUAUACAGAAGAAGAAAUCUGCAAAUCCAAAUGUAUUAAAACUGUAGCUCAGUUGGAGGAACUGUAUCAUAAUCAGCCAGUUGUUGCAACCACAUGCAUGGGGAUAAACCAUCCAAUUUUCACCCGUAAACAGUUUGACUUCUGCAUAGUUGAUGAGGCUUCUCAGAUUAGUCAGCCCAUCUGUCUGGGUCCACUUUUCUAUUCACUUCGGUUUGUGCUUGUGGGAGAUCAUCAGCAGUUACCUCCGCUUGUGCAAAAUGCAGAAGCAAGGGGACUUGGGAUGAGUGAAAGUUUAUUCAAGAGACUGGAACAAAACAAGGAUGCUGUUGUGCAGUUAACUGUACAGUACCGAAUGAACAGUAAAAUUAUGUCGCUGAGUAAUAAGCUGGUAUACGAUGGCAAACUGGAGUGUGGCUCUGAGAGGGUGUCCAAAGCUGUACUUGACUUGCCAAAUUUAAAAGACUUGAAACUGGAGCAGAAGGACUCCUCAGAAAUAUGGCUAAAGGAAACACUUGAUCCAAACAACCCGGUUUGUUUCCUUAAUACAGAAAAGGUUCCAGCACCAGAACAGGCAGAAAAAGGAGGAAUAAGUAAUGUGAUAGAAGCCAGGCUAGUACUCUUCCUGACAACCAUGUUUAUAAAGGCUGGCUGCAAGCCAUCAGAUAUUGGAGUCAUAUCUCCAUACAGACAUCAGUUAAAGAUAAUCACUGACUUGAUGACAAGCUCAUACAUUGAUAAGGUAGAAGUAAAUACUGUGGACAAGUACCAAGGAAGAGACAAAAGUAUCAUCAUAGUGUCCUUUGUAAGGAAUAACAUUGAUGGAAAUCUUGGAGAACUUCUGAAGGACUGGAGACGUCUUAAUGUUGCUGUUACAAGAGCGAAACAUAAAUUAAUUAUGGUGGGGUCUGUGCCAUCCCUAUGUCUCUAUCCUCCUCUAGAGAAGUUACUUUGCUAUUUGAAGACGGAAGCUAUGAUAUCCUUUUUCUGUACAACUUUUGCCUAUAUGUGA